GUAUAGCAGCACCAGCAUUAGAGACAGAAGGUGGCCUUGGAUGUCCAACCCUUUUUCUUUGCAAGGCAGAGAAAGGCAGUAAGAGAAGCAGGCAAAAGGCUACUUCAAGCCACCAAGGAAGGAUGUGGGCUUAUACCGUUGGUUUUACUGUCCUGCCUCACGUUGGAGGUUUCUUUGGCUGGUUCAUUAAUCGAAAAGAAAUACCUGUUUGGUAUGAGAAGCUGAAAAAACCUUCAUGGUGUCCACCCCGCAGAAUAUUCCCUGUUGCUUGGACUGUCCUGUACACUGGCAUGGGCUAUGCCUCCUACCUGAUAUGGAAUGACCUGGGUGGCUGCAGCAGCAAAGCUAUCGUCCCACUUGGCCUCUACGGGGCUCAGCUGGCCUUGAACUGGGCUUGGCCUCUCUUCUUCUUUGGUGCACGUAACCUGAAGAUGGCACUGAUCGACAUCCUGUGCUUGGACGGCCUGGUGAUAGGCACGAUGUGCUCCUGGUACCGCAUUAACAAGAUAGCAACGCUGCUGAUGGUGCCUUACCUGGGCUGGCUGGCCAUGGCGACUUGUCUCACAAUCCACAUCUGGAAGGACAACCCUGAGCAAAAACCAGGAAAGAGUGAAUAAGAGCAGGACAGAAAUGAAGGCAUUUUGUGAAACUAAACUAUGCUGAUGUGAACCAAGAUCUAAUAAUUUGGGGGAUUCAUUUUGGGACAGGCAUGAGAACGUGACUCCUCCUCCCACCUUCAUCAUGGUUGUGUAAAGGAAAGGUUUGCACCAUGCACCCGUGUGCUCCUUUAAAGUAACCGUGCAUCCUUAACGUGGGAACUAUUUUCUCCAGCACUGUUGAGUUUGGGGCUACAGCUGUAUGGUGACCUUAAUGCUAUCAGGUCAAAUUCCAUUAGCCAAAUUAGGAUCUCAUGAUACGAGCGUAAUUCAGAGUAUCAAUCCUGGACACCCCUCGAAACUGCUACCGUUCCCCCAGAGAGCAGAACUUGUUCACACACGUGGUAAAUCCCAUCUCCUCUCCUGGGACCAAACAAAAAUGCCCUUCACUCAUGCACACCAAUUUUUAAGAACUUACUUGAUUUUUUGCUAUUUGUGCUGUUGCUUCAUUUUCAUGUAUCGCCCGGUUUGUGCUUUAUACCAUUAACUUUUUAUCUGUCGGCUACUGAGCAAGCAGUAAUCUGUCUUGUUCUGCUAGUGAAAGGAAACUGGGUACUUUGACUUCUAUUUGUGGAGUAUCACACUUCUUGAGUUUCAUGCUCCAAGAUAAAGCAGCAAUGAUUAGAAUGCAAAUGCUUCUCCCAAGAGGAAAUUUCUCUCUUCCACCUCUGUGUGCUAUUCCUCAUCAGAAAAGAAAAACAAACAUCAGUGCCUUUGAAAAAAAUACUUUAAAUGUUUUGGUUUUUUUUUUUAAGUACGGAAACACAAGAGCCUUUGUAAAAUUUAAGAACUUGCUCACACUGCCUUGAAGGUUGUAAUUACAAGAUUGUCAAAAAGCCCCAUGCCAAGUCUGUCAGGUGCAGUACAGGUCCCAGAGUCUUUCCAUUCCUGAAUAUUAUUAAUCAGGAAAGGUUAAAAUACAAAUAGUUCCAGAGAAAUGGGACCAAGCCAUGACAGAAUCGGACACAAAAGGUGCAUGGACUAGCCCUUGUCCAUCCUUUAUUCUGGCCCUUACCUUUGAUAGAUCUGAACCUUAGAUGUUGCUGUAUACAGAGAAUAUUUACUAUUAUUUUUUAAUUGAUAGAAGCAAUGUAUGUGAAGAAAAGUGGUAGGUGGAUCUUCUUUCUGGCAGCUGACUGUAGAUUAAGGUGGGUGCGUAUACUUGCAAAGGGUGGGGGUAGGAGGGCUUAGCUGGGGAUGUAAAAUAAAUUGUAUUUGCUUUUAA